CCUCUACCGAAUGCAUUUGAACUAUUUGGAGCCGACCUCUUGGUGACCUACGUUACACCCAACGUCGGGAUGUCUCCAUUCAAGAAGAGCUAUUUCAAGGGAUCACAGAAACAUGCAUCGUUCCCUUUUUCUCCGGGACCCACGCGCAAAUCGCUCAAAAACAGAGAGGAAACGACACCCCUCGCUUGCGAAAGUGCUUGGAUGUUCAAAUACGGGGAGCCAGCAGCUGGUGACGUGAACGGACCACUAAGGGCGUGCAUGGCUGGUCGCCCAUCGAUUGACGGGUUGCAGAUUGAGAGUGCGAACAUCGCCUGGACAUGGUCCAGCUAG